GAACAGAGGUCAAAAACAUACUUUAUGAUGGGCUUUUAAUGAUCACAUGAGAACUCACAGAGGAAACUUUCACAUGCCCUCAGUGUGGAAAGAUGUUCCCACACAAAGGAAACUUUAAGAGGCAUAUAUUACCGUAAGUCACAAUGAAAAGCUGUACACUUUCCCUCAGUGUGAAAAAGUUUUAAUCUAUCACAGAAAAAAGCACACAGCAUUCAUGUUCAAUCUGAAGGAAGGUUGUGUCAGAUGAGUUCAGUUGUACUGUGACUGAAUAUAUCAAGGGAAACAUGUGAAAUUAUUUACGAUUGAUUCAAGAUUCAAGUUUAUUGAAUCUCUUAAAUUUUUUAAGCAAUGCCAAUAAUGUUUGUGUGCUGAUUGUACAUUAUAAAAUACAAAUAUUUUGUCAAAUUGAUGUGUGAUGCCUUUUCAAUUAAUGCAAUAAAAACACCUGAUCAUUUACGAAGAAUUGUCAAUUGUUUCUCUCAACUGCAGACCUACUGUCAGUUGUACUUAUGCGCAAAUGAAAAAGAGGGAUGCAACUCUAAAAGUGUUGUUAUUCUUAUAAAUCAUAUGUGCCGGAGCAGAAAGCACUUAAAAGUGACAUUCUGUAAAUUUUUCCACUGCCAUUUUAACAUAUAAACUGUAUAGAGGCAUAUAUUUUUAGAACCAUUCAAACGCAAGCAUGUCAAAUGUGUUUUUUGGCAUGCAUUUAUAAUUGUGCUCAGAGAAGCUGAUCUCAUACAGGAACAGAACUGGACAUUUCUGUGCUCUCAAAUAGUGGUACAACUUAUUAAUAUUAAUAUUAUUCAUAACAUUUACCCCACUUUUCUAAGUUGUUAUUAUUAUUUUAAAUACUGAGAAUAGUAUUGACACGUUAAUAGCGUUCUUACGUUAAUAGCGUUCUUGAUAGAAGUCUUUUGUUUUGGCGUUGCUACUAGCGCCUGCUGUGAAACAACAGGAUCACACAGUGAUUGAUCUUCAGUCCUAGUGGAAAGGCGGCAAUCAAAAAUUCUCCUUUUUUUAUUCGUUUUAUAGAGUCGUGCCAUCUCUAAGAAGAAGAACUGCAGUUGUGUCUAUGGGAUGUGCUGAAGGCAAUCAUCAGAUGACUUCAAACAAAGAGCGUCCCAGUUGCACACCGACACCGUGCGCACGGGGCAAACGGCCAAUGCAUCAAAGCACUCUGACUCUUGGCGAUCAGACUAAAGACAUUUAUUCUACUACACAAGCAGAGUAUUUUUCUGGGAGAGGCCUCGAUGGUCAAGCGCUGGUGCUUCUGCCCCGAGAUCCAUGUCAUUCCUCUCAGUAUGAUGGAAAGCUGGAGCUCAGUCACAUCCCUGUGUCACGAGGAGGACAGACACACUCCAGAGAUGUACACGGCCCAAGGGACAUCAUACCACAUUACAUCCUGCACAGAGUGGGGUUACAGAACAGGACACAGAACAGGGAGGGGGUCGUGAUGAAAGAGGUCACCAACCCCGCCGAGGCCACACUGUACCAGACAACAUAUCAAACCGUGCACUGCACCACUUCCAAAAGAUAUCAAACAAAUGAAGCAUGUGGACAGCCAGUCCCCUGGCACAGGCAUAAUAUUAUCACAGGAGAGGAGAAGGCAGCAGCUGGGCCCGGGCCGGUCAGAAGACAGUCUGGGGAGAGCAUUCUGUGGGAAGCUCGGCGUUGGGAGAUGAACAGGGACUCUUUUCAUUUAUACUAAACAUGGCAACAAUAAAUAACUAAUAAAAAGUACUCAAAAGGACUCGAGACAUUUCAUUGUAGUGGUUAGAAGUCAAAUAAAGUUCUACACUGCAUGUAGGUCUUCAAAACU